UGUAGUCAGGAGAAAGUGUCAGGGUGAUCCGGCGGCGAUGUAAUGCCGGAGAGCUAUGCCUUAUAGGAAUGUUCUUAUUGCAGCAAAGCAACAUGGCGUCUCAGCCCCCAAGAAGUUUGGACUUUGCAGCCCAGUCUCUCUGUGCCUCCUUUCGCUUGUCUUCGGCCUGGAAGCAGCGGCAGGGCAGCCUGAUUGCUUCCCCUGUCCCCCGAACUGUCGCUGCCCGCGGUGGGAUUUCUCCUGCACAGUUAACUGCUCCAAAGCUGGACUUCAGCAGGCACCGGGAGUGAUGGACCUGCCUCCCAACACCACUGUACUGGAUCUUUCAUACAAUGGCAUUUUCUCGUUAGAUGAUAAUCUUUUGGACAAUCUGACUUCCCUGGAGAAGUUAUAUCUACAGGGCAAUAAUAUUAGUAUUCUUUUCAAAGAAAUCUUCGCUGGUAGAAGAUGUUUAUCAGAUAUAGACAUAAGCAACAAUCAGAUAUCUACUUUAGAAGAUGGAAUAUUUGCAGAUUUAUUUAAUUUAAGUAAAAUAAACUUGAGUUUUAAUGAGUUUGUUUGUGACUGUAACCUUUCCUGGUUACCAACUUGGAUGAGUGAGGAGGAAGCAAAUGGUGUGAUCAUCAUCGAUAGUGAAUUCAUAAAGUGUGCCAAACCUUCAAAGCUGAAAGAUGUGUCUGUGUUAAGUGUUAAUUUUUCAAGCCUUUUCUACGGGUCUGAGUUUGCAGCCUGCUCACCUGACAGACAGUCUAUAGUAAAUUUAACCUUGGUGACAACUUGGAUCUCCAGCAGAGAAAACUGCAUAGCAUUCUGUUUUACUGAGGGUGAACUAUAUGCUGCCUUGGACAAUGAGAGUCAUUGUCUAUGCGGCUCUGAACUUGAACCAGAUUCAGAUUCUAUAUGUAUACCAGGGGACAUAGAUAGAGAGUUUAUUCAGGUCUGUGGCUGCACUAUUGUAGAACAAGCAUUCGAAGUUACAGUUGCGAAUUUUGUUGACCUACGCACUUUUAGCCUUUUUGAGGCUGCACGGCUGACUGUUAAAACUUUAGUUAAUGUUAGCACUUUCCAGUGGGACUUUGGAGAUCUAUCUCCACUUUUCAACACUACCAGCCAUGUAGUGUUCCACAAAUACGGUCUCCCAGGGACAUACCUGGUCAGUGUUGCAUUCUCUGUAGGCAGCAAGCCUACCUCACUGCACGUGGAAAUAAACGUCUCAAUCCCCUCUGGAAGGCUGGAGAUGGAUUGUCCUCCUGCAGUGCAGACAAACAAAAGCAUUGACAUUAGGAUCUAUAACUGGAACAGCAACAGUGUUACAGCAUCGUGGAGUGUUACAGCUUCUAAUGAUGGCACAAUAAAAGAGGCUCCAUUUUGCCCAUUAGGUGGACAUCAGAGCAACAAUCACUGCUAUAGGCUGGUAACUAAUAGUUCCACGUGGCGAAUGGCUCGUCACUUCUGUCAAUCUUACAGCGAUGGUGACCUGGCAAUUAUAAAGAGUCCAGAAAUUCAGAAUUUUAUAGCAAACAUUACAGGAUGCGAGCAUCCUGUGUGGAUAGGUCUCAGUGAUACUGCUGGUGCUGGAACACUGCAGUGGGUAGACGGGUCUACCCUUGAAAACUUUCAGGACUGGUUGCCUGGGCAACCAAGUAUGCUACUCAGUAAUACCUGCGUGCUUAUGGGUGAAAACCUUGCAGGAGAAUGGAAGACAGACCUCUGUACCAUGAGAAGAAGUUUUGUUUGUGAAUACAGAGCUGGAGAAAAGAUACCAGGUGCCAAUUACUAUUUGUUGGGAUCCCCAGCAUUUAGUACCAAUUUACCUGUGAAGAAUAUCACCAUGAACAACAGUGCACCGACACCUACAGGACUGGUGGAGCUCAUGGUCUUCCCAGGCCUUUGGUUCAAUCAUAAAGGGUUCAUGUCAGUGGUGGAAUUGGCCACACAAAAUCUGAACCACACUGUCCAGGUGAGAUUUAAGAUCUACCGACCAAGAUGUGCUGGAAAAGACAUGCACCUUGUGACACCAGACAAUGAAGAAGUAUGCUCGUCUUUUGCAUUUUGCUUACCUCGAACUCCCAGCAACACCACCCAUGGCUGCGCCAGUGACACCAAAUGGUGCAGCUUGGCUGAAAAGUGCUUGCCGCUCAAAAGACCCUGUGGUACUGAUGUCUUUAUUAGGUGUCCGAAUUUACUCCCGCCGCACUUCAGUAGAAACCACCCAAGUUAUGAUCUUGUGACGGAGGUUCCCUGCACGGUGCCGGCUGAGAGCUCCAAGCAUUAUGUACUACUGCUGAGAAAUGAAAGGAUUGAAGUGCAGUCCAAUGACAUCAUAGCCAUUCAACAUGAUGGCGAGCCUGGAAGCUUCUUACAGUGCCAACAGAAUGAUUCGUCACCCUGGCAACAGAGUUACUUCAGUAUAAUCUAUUCCAGUGGGAACAGGGAUCUUUGGAGAAACCUGGCCGAUAGCAACUGGACAGAUGGCGCUGUGUGCAACUUGCGCGUGCUCUACACCCACAGGCAAGAAACUAUUGCAAGCAGUCCACUGCUUCACAAUGGGCAGCAAUCACCGGGCGUUUAUACUUACCAAGCAAUGGUGGAAAACCAGCCACUCUACAGCAAUGCAUCCUGCACUGUUCAGGUUGUGGCACCAAUUACCGAUUUGAGUGUUAUUUACCCGCCAAAACAAAAUGGCGUGAUCUAUGUGCCAAAGAAUCAAGCUGUCAUCAUUGUUAAAGUUAAGUCAUCUGACAGGACGUCAACAAGUUGGUCUGGGAGCAGCCAGAAUUUCAGCUGUGAGGCGACCUGUCCCUCAGAGCUUCCCUCCAACUGUGAAAAGGACAAUAACACCUGUUUCUCGCGUAUCCCAUUGGUUUUCAAAGACUCCAAUCUAACAAGUAUUGUCAUCAGCGCAAAGAACAAGGUUAGCUCUGUCAACAAGACAGUUACAGUGAAAGCUGAAGAACCGAUCGAAGGACUGAUGAUUUUGCCUGACCCAAGUGUCCGCGUGUUAUCCAACUCCCUGGUGAGCUAUACUGCAAGAGUGAGUGCUGGAACAAAUGUGAUGUUUAAAUGGACUGUUGAUGACAAGGCAUCCUUCAUACAUUACAAUCAAGUAUACAAAGUCAUCUACCGAACUGAAGCUGUAUACAAACUCUCGCUGAUCGCAUCCAAUCACGUGAGCAGCCAAAAGAUUAUAUCCAAUGUUACAGUGGACAGGAGGAACCCUUUAGCUGAGUUAAAUGUCUCUGCUAUUCCAGCCAUCCUUGUGCAAGGCUUCCCGUACACAUUUGCUGCCAGUGUGAAAGUAGACGCAGCCGUCAAUGCUACCUUCAGGUGGUGUUUUGGAGAUGGGAGCAGUGAUCAGGUUUAUCAGUUCACGUGCCCGUAUAACCUCAGUCUUUCAGUCCCUCACCUGACAGUCAAACAAGCAGUGCUGCAACAAAACGUCACCCACAUAUACCAAAAGCCAGGUGAAUACAACUUUACCGUAUCGGUCUCAGAUAAAUAUGACAACAUCAGCCAGCUUGUUCCAUUGAGAGUCUACAGCCACCUCAGCAAUCUCUCAAUUAACAUGAACAGUGAGAUCCUUGCCACUGGUAAACCAGCUGAAUUUGAGGCCAGCCUGCUGCCUUCCACAUGCGGGGUGAUCUACAGCUGGAGUUUUGGGGACAAUUCCACCGAGAGGAUCGACACUCUUCAGAAAGUCACUCAUACCUUCAGCAGGACUGGCAAGUACCAGGUCAGGGUGCAAGCCAGCAACAUUAUCAGCACGGUCUGUGCUCAGCGGUGGGUCGAGGUGCUGGAUGAGAUCUCGGACCUGGACAUCUCCGACAACAGCCCCACCGAGCUGUCCGCGCCCACAAUAGUCAGAGCCUCAGCAAAGACAGGAAGCCGGAUCACUUGGAUCUUCGACAUGGGUGAUGGGACCCCAGCCACAAAGACCAGUUCCUCGGUGAUGAAUUACACUUACUCCGAGGUGGGGAACUACACAGUGACCGUCACCGCAGUGAACCCGCUCAGCACUGCCAACGCAUCGCGGGCUGUCCAAGUCUUCGUGCUGCAGGUCUGCAGGAUCCAGCCGUCUGGUUGCGUCCAGGAGCUGCUGGAGAUCAACUUCACUGCGUACACGCCAGGGGAUUCGGCAAACUAUGUGUUCUUCUGGGACUUUGGGGAUGGCUCUUCCAAUGAGACCAUCCAGGGAGACCCCAACAUCAGCCACAAUUACACAAGGAGCGGAGACUUCCCGCUCUGCCUGGUUGUGUCCAGCAGUGUGAACAAAGUCAACUACUACUCGAAUAUGUGUGUGCAGCCUGCCAUCAGCAAGGUGACGGUCACCCCUUCAAACAGCUUCGUUAAACUGGGCGAUGAAAGCAAAUUUAAAGUGGAGGUUUGCCCUGGGAGUCAGUACACCUUCUUGUGGGAUUUUGGCACCGGGGUCGAGCCGCAGUUUCACGGGAAGGAGACAAACUUCACCUUUGGUACAUCAGGUGUGCACCGGGUCAAUGUGACAGUCUUCAAUAAUGUCUCCUCGAGCAGCGGCAGUGCCUGGGUGGAGAUUCAGGAGGCAGUGACCUGGCUGCAGAUCAAAGUGGGCGGCACGGAGUCUCUGGCGGACCUGGUGCUGAACCAGUUCUACACCUUCAUGGCUGUGGGCGAUGGCAGCAAAGUCCAGUACGACUGGGAUUUUGGCGACGGGGCUAAUGGGACGGGUGCCAAUGUCACGCACUCGUAUAGUGCUGCUGGUGACUUCAGAGUCCGGCUGGUUGGGAGGAACAUGGUGAGCGGCAGAGAGGUACAGGAGGAGAUCGGUGUAAAAACUCCACUACAAGGGCUGGUACUCACAGCAAACACCACAGUCACCCCGGUGAAUGCAUCCGUCGGCUUCGAGGCCAGUCUCCAAGCGGGCGACUCUGUCCAUUACUGGUGGUCUCUCUGCCGCUGCUGUGAGCCAAUCGAAGGCCCGGCCACCACUUCCUACACUUUCACCAGUGCCGGCACCUUUAACGUUACGGUUCUGGCGCGGAACGGAGUGAGCUCAGAGCACAGCAGCGUCCAGAUCCAUGUGCUGGAAGAAAUAGAAGGUCUGGAGGUGAGACUGGGCGACCUGGUUGAGGGCUGCUGCCUGGCUGUCAAUCAAACGCUCUGGUUCCAAGCAGUAAGUAGGUUUGGCACCGAGGUUUCUUACAACUGGACUGUUUUGCAGGCUGGCGUCGUCUUGUUCUAUUCCAAUGCAACGUCUUCUCAAAUGUGCUUUGUGGGUGCAGGUUCCUAUGAGAUUGUCCUUCAAGCUAGUAACCUGCUAGGGACGGUGACCGCCAAAAAGCUGGUUGCAGUUCUGGAGCCCGUUGACAUUGUUACGUCAUGGGCCUCACCCGAGCCCGUGGCAGUGAACACAUCGACCAACAUCACCUUGACCAUGGGCAGUGGCACAAAUGUGACUUACUGUUGGGCACUGGACAGGAAUAUGACUGUUUCCACCCACCUCCCUUUCACUAGUUACAGCUUCCAAAGUCCUGGAGUCAAGCAAGUUAAUGUCACUGCAGCAAAUAAACUCAGUUCCCGCAAUGCAACUCUACUGAUCCGUGUCCAGGAACCUGUGACUGGUGUGGCGAUCACCUUGGGCAACUCACAGAAUCAGCACUACUUGGCCACAAACACUACUGCGAUCUUCCAGGGAAACACACUAAGUGGAACCAAUGUUUCCUGGCUAUGGAUGCUACCAUUCACCACAGAACAAGGUCUUGGACAGGAAAUAAAUGAAUCAUUCCCUUCGCCUGGUGUAUAUAACAUCAGGUUAAAUGCCUCGAAUGAUGUAAGCUGGGAGACAGCUUUGCUGAAUAUCACAGUCCAAGAUGAAAUACAAGGGCUUCAGCUCGAGGCCUCCAAGUGGGCAGUUGCGCCAGGCCAAGAUGUGAUUUUCACAGUUAGGUUGUCCUCUGGGACUGAUGCCAGUCUUUGGUUACAAGUUGGUGAUAAUUUUACAAUGCUGCUGAACAGUACACACUACAGGUACUGUUUCACACACCUCGGGACGUACACAGUAACCUUGAAGGCACAAAACCAAGUGAGUUGUGACCGCACCAGCAUUGAGAUUUACGUGAUAGAACCAGUCACGGGUUUAAGGCUGGUGAACUGUGAUGAGCAAGCAUUACCCACAGGGGUAAUGAAAAACUUUAGUGCUGCAGUUUCCAGUGGCUUUCAGGUAUUGUACCUGUGGCACUUUGUGCUGGGAGACUUUUCUGAUAAUAUCACUGGGCAAAACGUUUCAUACACUCCAAAGGUGCAAGGCCAAUUAAAUGUCUACCUAAGUGCAUUCAACAAUGUAUCCAGGGAGGAAAUUUCAGCAGGGAUUCUGGUGCAAAAUCAGAUUUUAACAGCUAGGCUUACAGUGACGCCAUUCAUCACUGUGGUCAAUGACACAGUCCACCUUAGUCUCGCUGUGACACCCAGUUUCAGCCAAGCAACUUUCAUGUGGAAGUUUGGAGAUGGGUCCCCAGUCAACUUUGCAAACACGUCAGUUAUGUCCCACUCUUAUUUGCGUCCUGGAAAUUAUCUGGUGAAGGUUAACGCGUCCAAUUUGGUGAGUUUCUAUGUUGCACAGGCCACAGUGACCAUCCUGUUGUUGAAAUGUGAUCCACCCAAGGUCAGUAUGAUCCUGAGUGAUACCAUGCAACGGUCCCAGAGAAACUACUUGGAGGCAGACAUUGACCUUCGAGGAUGUACAGAGUACCAGGUGGAAUAUUUGUGGGAGAUCUACAAGACUCCCAGCUGUCUGACUUUGCGAGAAGUGAAUGAGGUUCAGCCGAGAAACGUGGACUUGAAGAGACCCCGGCUGCUGCUGCCCAACCUGGCGUUAGACAUCGGAAGAUACUGCAUCGUAUUUACUAUCUCCUUCGAGGGUACCUCGUUUGUAAAGAUCACGCAUUCCAGUGUAACCGUCGUUCCCAGUGCACUCGUCCCAAUAAUAGAUGGAGGGACAUUCAGGUCAUGGUCCACAACGCAGGAUCUUGUGAUGGACGGUACCAAGUCUUAUGAUCCUGACCAGCCUGCCAACAGUCAAACACCUCUAAGCUAUGAGUGGUCAUGUACAUAUUCAUGCCGGGAACUUCCUGGCUGCUAUAUAUCUGGCAAAGGAGGCGUCUUCUCUAUUCCCAGGAAACAACUGAAACGCAACACAACCUACACAUGUAGUCUGAGCGUCAGUAAACCUAACCGGAAUCCCCAGUCGGUCAAACAAUUUGUUUGGGUGAAGGGUGGAAGUUCACCACUGGUGUCACUGGAGUGUGUCUCCUGUAAAGCACAGGCAGUCUACGGAGUGAGCAAAAGCUCCUACGUUUACUUGUCUGGAAGUUGCAGCAACUGUGAAAGCAAUCCUCAGUAUGUGUGGAAAGUAGAAAACUCAAAGAAGCAGCUACUCACCCUGGACAAUGCCACCACUUCCACCGGGAGCACUGAAAUGAACCUGGUCUUGAGACAUGGAGUUCUGGAGGAUGGAGACGGUUACACAUUUAGCCUGAAUGUUACUGAUCCACUGAUGGAGAACGUAGGAUUUGCGUCUAUAUACAUCCCGCCGAUACACCUACCUUCUGGGGGCAAAUGUCUGAUUUUUCCUACAGAAGAUAUCAGUGCUUUGACGACCAGCGUCACAUUCACAUGUACUGGUUGGGAGACAGCUGGAGUUCCUCUCGUGUAUAGCUUCAUCCUUACUCGCUGUGGUGUUGGAGGAACUCACUGUGACGAGUUCUACGUGUAUAAAGGUAGCCGAUCUGAGUACAGUGCAGUCCUUCCCCCUGGCUUCAGCUCAAACCAAUUCAUCGCUUACAUUGCUGUCACUGUGCAGAACCAGCAAGGAGCCUCUGUAACAGCUCUGAACCGGUCCGUGGUUAUCAAUAUAACAAACACACCUGAAGGGUUCCAAAGUCUCACUGACUGGAUGAAGCUCGAGACUGAGACCAAACUGCAGGAGCUGUUAAAACAGGGCGACCCACAGCCUACUGUGGAGUAUGCCCUUGCCCUGGUCACAGUGCUCAAUGAGUACGAAAGGAGCAAAAUCUAUGAAGCGGAGUGGACAAAUGAAACAAUUAGCAGGAUUAACAUCCGCAGUAAUAUCACGUUGGCCCUGACGUCACUGAAAGUCACCACUGUGGAUGACAUCCAGCAGAUCUCCGCAGCAUUGGCACAAUGUACGGUUAUCAGCAGAGAACUAAUUUGUAGCAGAUGUCAGAAACAGACAUUGUUUGCCCUGGACAACAUGAUAACAGUCCUCCAAAAGGAAACUGGACAGGGUAAAAUGACACCGACCUCCAUCGGGGAUAAUAUCCUUGUCACUGUGGGAGGCCUGAUUGAUAUGACAAAUCAAUUGGUUCCAGUAAUAAGUAAGGUCACCAGCCCGCCUAUCUUCAAACCCGAACUGGUGGCAACAAAGGCCUAUGACUUGUCCAUGAAGUUGAUGCAAAUCCUGAUGGGUACGCGAGUCUUGAACGAAGAACCCUUGAAUGUGUCGGGUGCUAGGAUGUGGGCUCAGGGCAAGCGGGCUGACCCCGGCCAUCUGCUCUGCUUUGCCAACAAGUCAGGCUGCCAGUUCUCCAUCCCGCCAUCCUUCAACAGUGUAUUUUCCAACCUCAGUGACGUAACUCAAGUUAUGUUCCUCGUGGAUGCCAAUCCCUUUCCCUACGGCUACAUAAAGAACUACACCAUUUCCAGCAAAGUGGCUUCCAUCGAGUUCAAGACCGACAAUGGGUCGCAGAUUCCCAUUGAGAGCCUGGAUUCAGAGAAGGCCAUCACUGUUACAGUGUCGACCAACUCUGCUGUCAGAAAUGUCACCAUUAAUACAACAGUUAUUGCUGCAAGGAGAUCAGUCACUGUGAAUGUCACCUCUGGGAAUUUGAAUAAAAAAGCUGGGCUGCACAUUCAGGUCACGUAUACAGUUUUAAAUGAUUCAGGAGUUUCCAUUGUCAAUGAAGCCGAGCCCUUUAUUCAGGUUCUCCUCCACAAUUCUACAAACCCAAACGAGCAGAACUUCAAGGCCAGAAAGAAAAUUAGUUUGGAAUCAGUAAGAGGAUCAGAUCACAAGCUCUACACCUUCUUCUUGACUCCAGAUACUGAUGACACAACAAAAGAUUAUUAUUUGAACAUCACAAAUUUCUAUACAUCGUCCUCUGUACAAGCUGCUGUUGGGGUCUACACUUCACUUUGCCAGUAUUUCAAUAUGACUGCAAUGAGCUGGAAAACUGAUGGGAUUUUGCCAUUAGAAGAUACCACGCCAGACAUGGCCGUAUGCUUAACAAAACACCUGACGGCGUUUGGAGCAAGCCUUUUUGUGCCGCCUAAUUCAGUCAUCUUCAUCAAUCCUCCCUCACCAGUGAUAAAGAAUUACAUCGUCUUGCUCACGUGUGGCAUCUGCUUUGUCAUCUACGCUGUCUCUGCCAUCAUCGUUCGGAAGCUGGACCUGAUAGACAUUAAUCGAGUUGGAGUCAUCCCCUUAUGCGGAAAGGAUGGAUUCUACAAAUAUGAGAUCCUGGUGAAAACCGGAUGGGGCAGAGGGUCAGGCACAUCGUCUCACGUGGGAAUCAGCCUGUACGGCAGAGAGGACAAGAGUGGUCACAGACACCUGGACAAUGAGGAUGCUUUUCACAGGAACAGUGUGGACAUAUUUCAAAUUGCAACUGAUAAUAGCCUUGGUAACAUCUGGAAGAUUCGGGUCUGGCACGAUAAUAAAGGUCUUACCCCAUCAUGGUACCUGCAGCAUGUAAUAAUUAAGGAUCUACAGACCAAUAACAGCUAUUACUUUUUGGUGAACGACUGGUUGGCUGUUGACAAUGACAGAAAUGAAGGCCUAGUGGAAAAGGAAGUCCUAGCUGCAACGGAGGCCAAACUGAAGGACUUUUCCCGCAUAUUCACUGCGGAAAUCCAAAGAGGAUUCUCGGAGGGGCACAUUUGGCUCUCCAUUUGGGAUCGUCCACCUCGCAGCUGCUUCACAAGAGUCCAGAGGGUGACCUGCUGCCUUGUACUGAUAUACCUCUUCUUCUGUGCUGGUGCAGUGUGGUACGGAAUCAUAAGUGAUGGAAGUAAAAGUGAUGUUCCAGUUUCAACGCUGAUUCCUCUGAGUGGAGAAAGUGUAGCGGCUGGCAUUGUAUCCAGUAUCAUCAUCUAUCCAGUCUAUCUAAUCAUCAUUUUGCUCUUCCGCAAAUCUCGGAGCAGGGUAGCCAUGAAUGACCCAAGUCAGCUUGAAUCAAAUGUGCUAGAAAUCGAUGAUUACAUCAAUUCCUCAACAGCAGGCAGCUCUUUCUUGACCUUUGCAGAUAAUCUAGAGGAGGAUUACAAAGAGAAGCUGAAGUCCGAUAUAAUUGCCAAGAGCCUGCCGAACUGGCCUGCCUAUGACAACAUGAUGAAUUGGCCAGAUCUGCUGAAUGAUCAGUCCAUUAUAGGGAGUAACAUUCCAAAGCUAAGGAGAGGCCGAGGAACCCGCCACCUUGGGAUAGAGAUGCAGCUGAGUUCAGAUGAUGAGCCCCUCUCGCUUGGUUUCGAUCAAGUCAGGAGCAAAUGCUUCUCCGCUUCAGAUGAACACCUGAUACAAAGAAUUAACUUUGAUGGAAACAAUGAGGUGUCUACCUCACACGACAGUGGCAGGGUCUCGCUAGAUGCUGAGAGCCACUUAAUAUCUAACCUAACGGAGAUAAUUGAUGGGAGCAAGCAGCCACGACCAGAAGCGCCAAUCUUGCACAAGACUGGUGAUAAUGGUCAAGUCAUCAGGCCUUCCCAAGGCAUCGCAAGAUCAGCUACUACCAGAAAAAUAGCUUUCACUGACCCUCCACAGCAAUGUCUCUUCCCAUUCUGGUGUAGUUAUACAGCACAUACCCUCUGUUUCUUCCUCUUCUCCGGCUGCUUCAUUGUGUCUAUAUGGAUUGGCGUUAGCUUCAACUCCAGGAUUGCCCUCAUGUGGCUCAUCUCAGGAAUCUUCAGUGUCCUCUCUUCAUUCUUCCUCUUGGAACCUCUGAAGGUUCUGACUGAAGCACUUUACUUUGCGGUGGUUGCUAAACGCACCCACCCGGAUGAAGAUGACAAUUUAGUCGAGAAGCCACGUGUCGAACAGAUCUCAGAAAAGAUUGGCAAAGUGCGGCCUCCCCAAGGGUAUGGCCUUCUCCAAGCCAAGGAGGAGGCAAGGAAGGUCCAGAUUCUUCACAGAAUGCUCAAGAACUUCAUCAUCUACAUGUUGUUUCUGCUUGUGGUCCUGUUGAUUAAUUAUGGAGACUCAUUCAGAGACGCCCAGAGCAGACUACUGCAAAGUUCAAUUAGACAAGGACUGUUAGGGGCCAGAAAAGGGGUCGAGUUCCAGAAAAUCAAAAGAUCCGGGGAGCUUUGGAAAUGGAUGGCAGAGGUACUGUUACCAUACCUGUAUAACAAUAGAAGCAGGACACUGUUGGGAUGUCCACGAAUACGUCAAAUUCGUUCGAAAAUAAAUGAUGUUAAAUGUCUUCAGCAACCUUCGCCAUCCCCAAUAACUAGGCAAUGUCUACAGGAUCCCAGCCUUCAAGAUACCGGUGAUUAUGACACUGGUUGGAAGAGUCCAGUUACAAAUUUGAGUGAUCCAUGGUCAUACUCAUCACCGGAUCUACCAGGGGUGUGGUACUGGGGCCAGAAUGCUGUCUGUGACAGUGGUGGAUAUGUACAGAAACUUGGCAGGACAAGGGAGCAGAGUAAUUACACACUGUGGAAUUUACAGGAAAGAAAUUGGCUGGAUAGAAAGACGAGGGUCAUCUUCAUCGAGUUUACCCAGUAUUUCCAAAACGUGGAUUUGUACAGUGUAGUCACCCUUCUCGUAGAAUUCCCUUUCUCAGGAGGAACAUUCACCACCGUUAAUAUCAAACCAUUUUCACUGCUGCAGCUGAGUACUGGAGUGGAUUUCCUGCUCGUCAUGAUGAUUUUCCUCACAUUCUUUGUUCUGUACUUCACAAUUACCGAGUUACUCUUGAUCAGUCACGAGGGCAAGGCUUAUUUCCUUCAGUUCUGGAACUACCUGCAGUGGUCCAUCAUUAUUCUCGGUAUCUGCUGCGUGGUCGUGCAUCUGAAACGUGCUAGAAUUGGUGACAGGCAGUGGGCAAUGUACCGUGCUAACCCAGACCGCUUCACCAACUUCUACCAGAUAGCAUACCUGAGCUAUAUAUUCACCUGUGUGGCUGCCGUCCUCCUUUUUCUGCUGACUGUUAAGGCUGCCCGACAAUUGCGGUUUAUCAGGAAGUGGUCCAUCUUUGGCAAGGCCUUGUAUAAUUCUGCAAAGGAACUGAUGGCGAUUGGUGCAACAGCAUUUGGUCUUGUUCUUGCCUACACACAGAUUGGUUACUUGGUUUUUUCUGCUAACCUUGAUGACUUCAAGACAUUUGGAGACAGCAUUCUCUCCCUGUUUGCCGUGACUGAGAAAGGAACUUGUUUCAAGCAGUGCCUCUUCGAGUACCCAAGCCUCUGCUACAUCUACUACAUCAGUUACACCACCAUUGAGAUAUGGAUUGUGCUGCGGUUGUUUGCUGUAGUACUAAUUCAAAAUUACAGGGCAAUGAAAUUGGAGAUGUACAGGCCUGCAGUUGAACCACAAGACUAUGAGCUGGUAGAACUAUUCGUCAAAAGACUGAAGAUGUGGAUUGGUAUAAGCAAAGCAAAAGAAUUCCGCCACAGGGUCAAAUUUGAAGGAAUGGUUUCCUUACCUUCCCGGUCUUCCACAGAUUCUAAAUUAACCUGCCCCAACACCGCCAGCACCAUCUCCGAUAUCUCCUCAUCCUCCACGUCCAGCGUUUCCAUCCCAAUGGAUACCCCCCCACUCGCCAGCCUAAACAAAGUGGCACAAGUCGAGACAAAUAUCCACCGCCUGGCUCCACUGUUCGAAACACUGCUCGAACAGUUUGACCGGGUAAACAUGGUGACAGAGGAUGUCUAUCAGAUUGAGUGCAAACUGAGGAAUGCCCAGGACAGAACGCAACAGAGGAAGAUGAACAAAAAGGCUGAAGAGUUAUUUGCAGCGUACAGCCAGAACAGACUUGGCAAGGGACGGGGUGACAAUCUCCAUUCAUCCCCAUGGAUUGUAAGAGGCAAUAAAAGGACAAUUGAUAUGAGUGGCAUUCAGGAGGGGCAGCAGCUGGGAAGCAUCCUGUUAGCUGAAGAUUACACAAUGGAAGCCCUUCGAGGGAAAGAGCCUCAACCACCUCGAAGAAAGUCUAAAAUUUCAGGCAAGAAGUGGCAGCACCCAGCUUUAGAUGAUCAAAUGCAUUCAAACCCAGAGUAGAUGUUAGAAUCAUACAGCACAGGAGGUGGACUUUCAGCCCAUCGUGCCUGUGCCAGCACUCCGAAAGAGCUAUCAAUUGGUCCCUCUCCCCUGCUCAUUCUCCAUAGCUCUAUAAUUUGACUACAGUUUACUUAGAAAAGCAGGAGAGGGUUCAACAAACGACAUUACCGUCUUAAAAACUGACGAUCAAAGUAAUGCACGGGUCCAACGAGCUUGCCCAGUAAAUGUGCUUUGGUUUCACCGGAAGAUUUUGUAAAGACUGAGGCCGAGAAUGUUGCCGUUUGAAUUAAAGACGAAAAUAAUAACCGGAGAAUAACCACCAAUGUUAUUGAGGUCCCCUCCCUCGGGUCACAACAACUUGGGAAGCCCUAAUCUAGGAGCAUCGCAGGGAGCACCACAGGACAAGUUAUUCACCAGACAUGCCUUAAAAAGGAUGGACAUUUUAAAAAGAAAAUAGUUUACUUUAUAUGUAUUAACAAGCACUUUAAUUUGAGGACAGCUCAGAAGGAGAGAUUGUACAAAUUUGCUUUUGUAGCCAUGCACUAAAAGGUGCACUUAUUUAAAGAAAUGCUGUUUUAAUCACUUAAUUUUUGAGUUACCUUCAGUUGAUCAUUGAAAGUCAGAGCACACAAUUAAUUUUACAAGUCAGUAUUUUUACUUAAGUUUCACUAAAUAAUUUCUGUGAUAGAAUGUAAAAUGGCAAUUUUGUAUUGACUUUAAUCUGUAAAUAGAGCUAAAAUAACAUUGUCCCAGCACUGCAACUAGGAAACAGACUAAGUAUUAUAAAAUGCACAUAAAUCACAUACACAUUUACAUACCUACACUCAUAGCCGAAACCAGUACUAAUGGUAAAGUUAACUUACUAGUAGUCGUAUUAUGAGAGUAUGCUGGGCAGUAAAAAUUGCUCAUCACCUUGGAGGGAUUGUUGCAGUAAACAUUUUGUGUGACUCGUGAAUUAAUAACUUAGGAUCAGAUACUUGAUCCUGCACUCAGCAAAGAAGUUACAGUGUAGAAAUUACUGUUUGUCAUGCAAACAUACAAGAUGCUUAUGGUACGACAUUACUGUGUUUGCUAUUUUAACAGAGGCUGAACAGUUUGAAACAGAUUAAUGCUUCAUUCGUGGAUAGACUGCGUCCUAUGACUGUGUUAACCACGUCACCGUCACCUUAGCCCUCACUGCGGGGAAGCAUUUGAUUGAAUUUGGAGUUAAGAUACAGAUCGGCCAAGAUCUAAUAAUUAAAUGUUUAGUGAAUGAGCUCACUAUCACACAUUUUUCUACGGAAUCAUACCAUUUGCAUCUUUGCCCCUAACCUCUCUCAGGUGUACCUUACCACGAGAUGUGAUAACCCAUAAAGGGACACAUCAUUACUAGCUAACUUCAAAAAUCAGAUGGGACAAUGGUUAACUUUAAGCCGUUUCGAUUUUGUCUGUUUCUGUUGACUUUUUUUAAAAAAUCUUUUAAAAAGUACUCAGGUUGAAAUAGUGCACCUGACACAAAUGUUGGCUGGAAAGAGAAACCGAAGGCAAAAAAAAACUGAAGGUUUUCUUCAGUGUCUCAAUUUUCUUCCAUCGCUCUGUCAGGCACCGUAACAGCUCCAGGCCGGUCUUCUCAAUAUUGCCAGCAAUGAGUUAACACAAGAGUAUUACCUUUUUUUUUAAAAAUUGGAAUGCUCAAGGACUUUUAUUUUCUUAAACAAAGGGAUACUGAUGAUGGGAUUUCCUCCAACAUUUUCAGUGGGAUUGUGGAAAGAUAGUCAUUAGGCAGGCUAGUCAAAAAGGUGGAGGCAGAAAUAAGCUGUGCAUUCAAAACCUUAGGUUUUUCACUGGCAUGUUGGUGGAUAUUCUUUGAAGUACCCCUCUUAAUCCCAUUUCUGAUAGUUGGGCCUGAUCAAAAGAGCUUUAACUAUUAGAAGGUCAUGAUUUAGGUUUUAAAAUUAUGUACAAUGUGCUCAAGUGCCAAAUGCUGAUUAAUGGGGAACUAACUCAAGUGUCAAAGCCACCUUACGAUGUUACUUAUUUAGUUACCUGAAUAUUUAAAUGACAUGUUCAUCCAAUCAAAAUAGAGAGAAACAGUGAAAGACCUCCUAGCUCGUCAGGAUAUUUUGCUGCCUGAAGUUGUGGGUAUCAAAGGCAUCAGAAUAUCUAUUUCCAACAGAAAUAGGAAGCCUUUCGCGAUGUAGUUCAGUCAGUUCUUAGUGAAAAGAUUGUAACAAGCCAGAUGUCAUUGAGUAUAGGACUUUCAGACCAGAAGAACGAGGAACAGUCCACAGGAACACCAGGAGAAUGGUGUUGAAUAGAUCGAUUGCUCCACUGGUGUAAAUGUCCUUGCAAAAUGGGAUACCAUGAACUCAUGGAGCCAUGUGCAUCGCUUUACAUUUGGUUAACAUUGUGUAAAACAUUCCUUUAUAAGCAUCUAAUGUUUAAAGAUGUAGGACAUGCAAUAGCUUAAGGCCCUGGAAUUAGAACUCCAACGCUCAUUUAUCAACUUAGUCGCUUUAGAAAGUCGCCAUUGUCUUGCAGACCAAUUUGAUUAUCCAUUCCUUUGAACCAUCAGUAGACAGUAUUAAUGUAGAAUUAAACCAAAUGUGUAAAUAACUGUAAUCUUUAUGCCAGAAACAUUUCUGAUGCACUGAAGGACAAUGUCAAAUAAAGGUUUGACUGAU